GUUUUUGCUCGCAAAAGAACUGCUUGUUUGUACACCAUGGAGUUGAAACUACUGACUGUGUUGGCACUCUUCGCCGUAUGUGGUAUCGUACAGGCCAGGCAGGUCGCUCCGGAUGAUUGUGACUCAAUCUGCCUCCACCAACGUGAAGGCUCCAGUGCCAGAAACGUGGUCCGUGGGAAGAAGCACCGCGCCUCCCGAUCAAAGGGACAUCUGGCGCCGGCCAGCCGACAACACGAUUAUGACUUCAGCACGUUCUGCGCGUCUUGUUACGGCUCGGAGACAACUGGAAAAUUAGAUCGAGCGAUCUCUUCAAGACAAUCACAAUCAUUCCCUGCAUCGAUCGUGUCGACAGCGAUGCAGAUUCCAGAAGAGGCAAUGAGUGGCGUCUUUGGUGGAUCUGGUGGAUCUGGGUCAUCAUCGUUUCUUUCUGGCUUCCCGAAUCCGUUCAACAUCUUCUCAUCUGGUUCAGGAUCAUCUGAAAGCGGAUCUGGAUCAUCCGGUGGUGGAUCGGGAUCAUCUGGUGGCGGAAUCUUCGGCCUUCCAGCAGAGAUGAUGAACAGCAUCACCGGAGGAUCCGGGUCAUCGUCACUUCCUUUCGGCGUCCCGAAUCCACUCAGCAUCUUCUCUCAAGGACAAUCAUCAUCCGGUGGACGCGGAUCUUCUGACAGUGGAUCGGGAUCAUCUGGUGGUGGAUCUGGAUCAUCUGGUGGUGGAUCUGGAUCAUCUGGUGGUGGAAUCUUCGGAGUACCAGCACAGAUGGUGAACAGCGUCUUCGGUCAGUUGGGGUCAUCGUCACUUCCUUUUGGCGUCCCGAAUCCAAUGAGCAUCUUCUCUCAAGGACAAUCAUCUGGUAGUGGAUCUGGAUCUUCUGGUAGCGGAUCUGGAUCGUCUGGUAGUGAAUCGGGAUCAUCUGGUAGUGGGUCGGGGGCAACUGGACUCUUCGAAAUACCAGAAGAGUUCGCCGAUGCUGUCUUCGGAACUGGGCAAUCGGGGUCACAAGGAGGUCUGACUGCAGAAAAUUUGGUCUCAUAUUGUCAGCAAGCGUGUAACUUCGCAGUGCCUUCCUCCAAAGCAAGGCGUCCAGAGGCGUCAGGGCGCAAAGGAGCAUCCCACGGCCACAAGGAGCGCCACGCCAGCCGGUCGGCACUUCCACAGCACACCGCUGUUCGGCACACUCGGCAGGCAGGAUCAUCCUCCAGCGGCAUCUGCCCCACCUUCUGCCAGAACUUAGACUCGUUCCUUCCCGGCCUCGGAAGCUCGUCUCAGAGCUCAUCCUCGGGCAGCUCAGCAGGUUCCACUGGUGAGUCUGGAACCAGUUCACAAACUUCCAGUGACAGCCAAGGCGGAUCUACAACUGGUUCGGAAGAAUCUUCCACUUCUUCGUAGAGUUCCAGUGGUACCCCAGGAAAAUCUUCAGAUCACUUUAAUCCGUCGUAAUAUAUUUGAACCAUCUCGCUUUCAGAUCGGAAGCUUUGGACAUUGAAACAGGCCACGUAAAUCUAAAAACUAGUGUAGUUCUCUUUCUUCAGCUCGGCUCGUCUGCACUCCUAUCUAUCUUAUAGGUUCUUAGUGACAAUGAUCAGAGUGCACACACAAUGGAAACCCUACGCAGACCCAAGCAAAACUAACCAUUUUGAUUUUCUUUCUCAAGCGUACUGUUAGCAGUCACAGAGGAACUAUAAAAUAUUGUUAAUUGUAGCAUCUAAAUAGUCAAUUAUUUACGCGUCUGAUGAUUAUGUUCGUGAAUGUUAUUAUAAUAUGGGUUUUUGAAAACUGUAGUUUAAAUACAUGUGGAGUUUUAACCAUUGAAAUAAAUACCUUACUAAUGCA